AUGCCCUUGACCCAUUCACCAACCGUCUACUUCUACCCCACCCUCUUAACUGAUAACUCCAUUGUCACCACCUCUGCAAUUGAUACCAUGAGAGACUCUCUAAGUAAAGUUCUAGUGCAUUUCUACCCAUUAGCAGGUAGGCUUCAAUGGAUCAAAGGAGGCCGGCUUGAGCUAGACUGCAACUCCAUGGGAGCUCAACUCUUCGAAGUGGACUCCGAGACCAAACUCUCCGACUAUGGAGAUUUCAGUCCAACUCCAAAGAUCGGAGAACUCAUCCCUCACAUCAAUUACACCCACCCUAUCAAUGAACUCCCUCUCCUUCUAGUGCAACUCACCCAUUUCAGCUGUGGUGGAACCAGUGUUGGUCUUGCCAUCUCUCACGCUCUGGUGGAUGGCCAAUCCGCAUUACAUUUCAUUAACACGUGGGCUAAGAUUGCUCGUGGAGAGAACCUGGCCGACGUUUUCUCCAAGGGUAACCUUCCAUUCAUAGAUCGAACUGCAUUACGUAGGAGUGAACAGCCGGCCACACGGCCCACACCACGGUUCAACCACUCUGAAUUUGGUUUGCCACCAGUUUUAAUCGGUCAGACCGAUGAUAAAAAGGAGAGGAAGAAAGAAACUGAUAGAGUAAUGAUACAGUGUGUCGCCCCAACAGUGUCUAGUUCACAUGCUGUUACAUAG